AUGGCCGCCGUCUCCUCCGCCGCGACCUCCCCCUUUCUCUCCCAGGCCCUCCCGCAGAAGCCCGCCGAGGCCCAUCCACUGCUGUCCCUCCUGCCCCGCUGCAGGGGCUUGGAGGAGCUCAGGGCCGUGCACGCCGGCGUCAUCAAGUCCGGCGCCCUCCGCGACCAUGGAGCCUGCUUCUCCCUGGGCAAGCUGGUUGAGUUCUGCGCGCUCUCCCCCGUCGGAGAUCUCUCCUACGCCGUCCUCCUCCUCGAAUCCGCCGGGCCCGAGCCCCACCAAUUCCUGUGGAACACCAUCAUCAGGGGCUACUCCCUCAGCCGCUCGCCGGCGGAGGCCGUCUCCUUCUACGUCAGGAUGCUGCUCGCCGGGGCCCUGCCCAACUCCCACACCUUCCCGUCUCUCUUCAAGGCGUGCGCCGCCAUGGCCGCCGCAGGGCAGGGGAGGCAGGCCCACGCGCAGGCUCUGAAGCUCGGUCUCGCCGGUGACGCCUUCGUCCACACGUCUCUCAUCAACAUGUACGCGCGGAGCGGGGAACUGCUUGACGCCCGCCGGGUUUUCGACGCGGGGUGCCUCAGAGACGCGGUCUCCUUCACGGCCUUGAUCAAGGGGUACCUUCUGUGGGGAGAGCUCACUAGUGCCCGUCAGAUGUUCGACCGAAUGCCGAAGAAAGACGUCAUCGCCUGGAACGCGAUAAUUGCCGGGUUCUCCCAGAGCGGCCACCCCGAAGAGGCUCUGCGGCUCUUCCGAGAAAUGAUGGAGGCCAAGGUGGAGCCCAACGAGAGCACGAUGCUGAGCGUUCUCUCGGCCUGCGCGCAAUCUGGUUCAGCCGAGGUGGGCACUUGGAUCCAUCGCUGGACGGCCGAUCGAGGGAUGAGAUCCAGCCUCAGGCUGACCAACGCUCUCAUCGACAUGUAUUCCAAGUGCGGGGACUUGGUAUUGGCGCGCGAGCUGUUCGAUGGAACACCCAGCAGGGACCGGAUUUCCUGGAACGUCAUGAUCGGCGGGUACUCUCGAACGAGCUGCUACAGAGAAGCCCUGGCACUGUUCAGACAGAUGCAGCUGUCGGAGGAGCCCAACGAGGUCACCUUCUUGAACGUUCUCCCUGCGUGCGCUCACUUGGGCGCCCUCGACAUCGGAAAAUGGAUACAUUCAUACAUAAAAAGGAGGAUGGGGGAGAGUAGCGCCAUGGAUGAUGGCCUCAGAGAUGCCACCACGGCGGCCCUUUUCACCAGUCUCAUCGACAUGUACGCCAAGUGCGGGAGCAUAGAGGCCGCAGAGCAGGUGUUCGACGACUUGUCGUACAGAAACCUCUCUUGUUGGAAUGCGCUGAUCGCUGGGUUGGCCCUGCAUGGCCGCGCAGAGGAGGCUCUAAGAUACUUCGAGAUGAUGAUCGGAGAAGGGUUCCGACCGGACGACAUCACGUUCGUCGGCGUGCUGUCAGCUUGCUGCCACGCGGGUCUAGUGGAGAUGGGUCGGUUUUACUUCGAUUCAAUGAUCAAGGACUACAGCAUCUCGCCGAAGGUGCACCACUACGGCUGCAUGGUGGGCAUCCUCGGCCGAGCUGGGCUGCUCGAGGAGGCCUGGUCGCUCAUCGGAGAGAUGGAAGUGGAGCCAGACGGCGCGAUCUGGAGCUCCCUGCUCGGAGCCUGCUGUGUUCGCGGGCACGUCGAAUUGGCCGAAUCCGCCGCCAGCCGCCUCAUCGAAUUGGAACCGGACAACGCCUCUGUUUAUGUGCUUCUAUCCAAUGCCUAUGCUUCGGCUGGGCGAUGGGACGAUGCCCUGAGAGUUCGCGCCAUCAUAAAUGACAGGAGCUUGAAGAGGGCGCCCGGCUCCAGCUCCAUCGAGGUCGGCAAUGUCGUCCAUGAAUUCAUCGUAGGCGACAAGUCGCAUGCAGAAAGCAGAGAGAUUUACCAGAUGCUGGAAAUUCUCGCCAAAAGCUUGAGCCUGGCCUGGCACUUUACUCGCCCAUCGCUGGUUAAUGAGCAGACCGAGGUGUCUCCUUCUUCAUGGGGAUGA